AUGGUCUCUCUCGCCCCCUUCAUCGUCAAGCGGCCCUGGCUCCACAAGCUGAUGAUGCCCAUCAGCAAGUGGUACGUCAACGCCGCCGGGUACCGCAAGAUGGGUUUGAGAUACGACGAUCUCUACGAGGAGGAGCGCGAGGCUGUCCAGAUUGCCCUCAAGCGUCUUUCGCCCAAGGAGGCCUACGAGCGCGUCUACCGUAUUCGCCGCGCUGCGCAGUGCAGCUACCAGCACAAGCUCCUUCCCAAGAACGAGUGGAUCAACGACCAGACCGACGUUCCCUACCUCGCCCCCAUCAUCAAGCAGGUCGAGGCCGAGCUCGCCGAGAAGGAUGCACUGGACGCCGCGACUGUGAUCCGCAAGGCGCACUAA